AUAAGUGCCACUUGCAUUCCAUACUUUGCAUUGGAAAGUCAAUUAGCAAUAAGCUUCUCAAAAUCCAAGAGACCUCAAAUUUGUGAUGGAAGGAACAAAUAAAAGUUCAUCAUUAAGUGGAUUUAUAGUGAAUGAGAAGAGGACAGAAGCCAAUUUUGAUAGUUGGAAAGAAUGCUUGAAAAACUACUUAAUUGGGCAAGGCUUAUGGGAUGUUGUUAGUGGAAAAUAUGUUGAACCUAGCACAAAUGUUUCCAACUAUAUGGAUUGGGAGAAGAAGAAUUCCUUAGCUUUACAUGCUAUACAAAUUUCAUGUGAUGAAAUUAUAUUUUCAAAUUUGAUGAUGAAAGAUCCAGCCAAAAUUAAGUCUGCUAAAUUUGUGUGGGAUCAUUUGGCUGAAAGACAAGUUAAAGUCAUGCGCUACGAUAAAGAAGACACAAGAAAAAUCCUUAAACACAACGCCUUAUACAUGGCUGUGGAGAAAGGUGAAUGGGCAACAGUAAAAAGAUUAUUGUCAAGAAACCCUAAUGAUGUAAGAGCAAAAAUAACAUUGAUUGGCCAAACAGCUCUUCAUGUAGCUGUUUCAGCUGGAAAAUCUGAUAUUGUGAAAGAGCUUGUCAAGAUAAUGACCAAAGAAGAUUUGGAAAUUGAAAAUCAUUUUGGGAACACAGCCUUUGCUCUUGCUGCUAUGAAUGGAUCCACAGACAUGGCAGAAAUCAUGUUGGAAAAGAAUAAAGAUUUGAUUGAAAUAAAAAAUAAAUACAAUAGACAGUUACCAGUUGUUACAGCUUCUUUAUACAGUAAUAGAGAAAUUGUUGGCUUCCUCUUGGAUAAUACUCCCUUUGAAGUUCUUGCUCCACACGAAAAUGACAAGAAUGGUGCCACACUUCUCAAUUGUUUGAUUGCUGAUGAAAUCUACGAUUUGGCAUUGAUUCUUCUCAAAAGAUAUCCAAGGCUUGCUUUUAUUGAAGAUAUCCAUAAGAACUACACCAUCACAUUGUUGGCUAAUAAGCAUUCAGCAUUUCUAAGUGGAAGCAAGCUUAAAUUUUGGCAGCGAUGGCUCUACUCAUGUAUUCGAGAAGAAAAUGAGUUGCCUUCUCAAGAGGCAAGUGAUGAGGAGAAUGUGUAUAAGCCCUAUUGGCCAUACUCAAGUCAGAAGGGAUUCAUACUGCAAAGAACUAAAAGCUUAAGAGAAUUAAAGUCAAAACAUGCCAAAGCAAGACAACUCCUGGAGUUGAUUUUCAAGGAAAUGCCAAGAUUAAGCAAUGAAGAGCUUGAGAAAGUUGGGUUGCAUCAAGUAAUCUAUGAUGCAAUCAAGUGUGGUUUAAUUGAAUUUAUUCAAGAUCUAAUCCACUCUAAUCCUGAUGUAAUAUGGUGGGCUGAUCAAAAGGGAAGAACACUAUUUUCUUAUGCAAUCAUACUUCGCCAAGAAAAAAUCUUCAACAUAAUUUAUGAAUUGGGUACAAAGAUGCAUACAAUUGUGAUUUGGAGAGAUGUGUUUAACAACAAUUUUUUGCAUUUGGCUGCCAAGUUGCCACCUUCCUCUCAACUUGAUCGACUUCCUGGUGCAGCUCUACAAAUGCAAAAAGAACUACAAUGGUUUAAGGAGAUAGAGGAACUCGUACCAUCAAAGUACAAGGAGAGAGUGAAUGAAAAUGGAGAAACACCAAGUGCAUUAUUUGUCAAGGAGCAUAGUGAAUUGGUGAAAGAAGGUGAAAGAUGGAUAAAAAACACAGUAGCACAAUGUAUGGCUGUAGCCAUUCUUGUUGCUAGUGUGAUGGUUACUUCAACAUUUCAAUUUCCAGGUGGAAAUGAUGAAAAUGGAUUUCCUAAAUUGUUAAGCUAUGAUCCAUUCUUAGCUUUUUCAAUUUCAAAUGCAUUAUCAUUGUUCUCUGCUAGUACUUCUGUGCUAAUUUUCCUUGGGAUUCUCGCUUCACGAUAUGCACAGGAAGAUUUUCUUGAAACCUUACCCAGAAAAUUGAUAUUUGGUCUUUCAUCUCUUUUCUUCUCUACCUUAACCAUGAUGAUAGCUUUUGGUUUUAGCAUUUUUAUCUUUGAAGAAAAGAAAUCAUCUAUCCUUGCAAUUCCACUCAGUAUUCUUUCCUUCAUACCAGUUGUUUUCUUUAUAUUCGUUCUAUUUCCUCUCCUUUUUCAAAUGGUCAUUCACAAACACAAACGCCUUAGCUUCUUUGGCAAACCCAAAAGAUCAGCCAAUUAUAUCUAAAGGAAAUUGCAUGAAUUGGGCUUGCCUUGCUUAGCAAUCUUGUGGAACAUUUGAUUAUUUAUGUCAAUAAUACCGAAUAAUGUAAUUUUCUUAUCUGUCGUGUUAUCUGUCGAAGGAAAUAAAAGAGAAUCUAACACUUCUAUUAUAUUUUCAAACAUAUCUUGUCAACUUUCGGUGAAUGUCAAAUAUAUAGUAAUAUAAUCAAAUUUACUAGUUAAUUUU